UUCCUCUGCACCGUCAACACAGCAACAGCGGAAAAAGUUCCACCAUGGACCCCGGACUCCGGCUCCCACACACCGCAGCGGUCCUCUGUCUCCUCGUCCUCCUCGCCCUAGUUCCCCCGGCGGAGGCCUACGACGCGGGCGACGCGCUGGCCCUGCUCCUGGGCAGCGUGCUGGCCGGGGUGGGCUGCUGCGCCGGCCUGGGCUGGUACGCGCGGAGGCGGAACGGCCAGCUGUGACGGAGCCCGGUCCCGUUACCAUCCAGCCUCCCCCCCUCCCUCCCCGGGUAGAUCUCCCACCCUGGACCCCUCCGGCACAAGGUGUGUGUCCGAGCGGAUGAUAACAAAACGUGCCUUAGUGGGAUCAAUGCGUCGAGCUGGAGGGGAGACCCCGUGGAUGGAGGAGGAAGAGGAAGAGGAGAGAAACAUCCAGGAAGUCCCAAACCAGGAACUACUUCUUCUUCUCGUCUUGCACUGCUGCUAUACGGCCCUUAAAACACUGAUGCCUUCUAUAUGACAAGAAAAAGACUGCUGCAGUCACUAUAUAUCCCCCUGAGGAUGCUUUGAUACACACAUGAAGUGACCACUGUGAUCUCCUGAUGUGUGUGUGUGUGUGUGUGUUUGCUGUGUUCAACACAACAUUGUCAGUGUUUGAAGCACAACAUCACACGUGUUGUUAAAUGACAGCAGUAGUGGAGUUGCUGUUGCUUUUUUUGUGCUCGUGAAACUUUUUUUUCGUGAAGAAUAAACAGAUAUAUCUGAUAUAUGAA